AUGACUUGCCGGGAGAGAGGACUGGAGUUCAAGCAGUUUACCGCGAUUGGAACUCCGCAUGGAAAUAAAUGGAGACCAAAGUGGUUGAACUGAAGCCUGCAUGCGAAUCUCUUUGAUGCUUCAUUCAUCUAAAGCAGAAGUGCUGCCUCUGCUGCUGCUGUUGAACUGUUUUAUUUAAGAUAUCGAUACUGCUGGGAGGUGUGUUAAAAGUGAUCCACGGACAUGAAUUUCUUGCGUUUGUCUUGCGCAGCGUGCAGAAACUGGAGACCGUCGUUUUUCCACCUGCUGUGGUUUCUCACCCUGGGCAACAGCGUUCUUAUGAAUGCUGGUGCUGACAGUGCCGAAUGUGAUCAAGGCGCAUCUAUUCUGCUACGGUCUCUCAAUUUACCUCAAAACACAGAAUAUGAGAUUGUAUCUCCAUAUGAGGUCGACCACCAAGGCGCUUACGUCUCUCAUGAAAUUGCCCACCACCAGCGCAAGAGGCGGCGCAGAUCCCUCGCUUCAGACGCAGACUCAUCUGCCGCUGAAAGCAUCAGCGAAACAGUCCACUUCCGACUCAGAGGCUUGGGGCAGGACUUCCACAUGGAGCUGAGGGACGCCUCGGAAAGCCUGAUUGCACCUGGCUUCACCAUCCAGGUCCUGGGAAAGAAUGGCACCAAGAGCCUGAGGGCCUACCAUCAGGAUGACCUCUGCUUUUACCAAGGGUCACUGAGGUCAAGGGUCAACUCCUCUGUGGCACUAUCCACAUGCAUGGGGAUGUCAGGUUUGAUCCAAACACAGGAUGCAGAAUAUUUCUUGAGACCCGUGUCACACGGCUUGGCGCAGAUGGAGAACUUCACAGCGUCCUUCGGUCAUCAGCCACACAUCCUCUAUAAGAGAGAAAGGGAUUCCCAAACACAGCGGCAACAUGUGCUUCAAAAGAGAUCCGCUGACAACACAGUGUUUGAACAUCAAUACAAGGGACUGCAAAAACAGCAUGACAACAAUAACAGCAACACUCAAGCUGACCUGAUAAAACAUCAUGGAAGUGUCCAACAGCACAAUGACCAUCGCCAUGACAGCGACUACAGACAUGGGGAGAAGCAGAAGCAACACUUCUGUGGGAGAAGGAAGAAAUACAUGCCGAAACCUCCAGAAGAGGAUAUUUUUAUCCUUCCAGAUGAAUACAAGUUUAUCCCCAGGAAUAAAAGGGCAGUGCUGAUGAAGAACAAGGCCAACAAGGGACUCAAUGUGGAGACACUUGUGGUGGUGGACAGAAAGAUGAUGGACAACCAUGGCCAUGAGAACAUAACUACAUAUGUUCUUACUGUGCUUAACAUGGUCUCAAGUCUGUUCAAAGAUGGCACAAUAGGGGGAAAUAUCAACAUAGUGAUUGUGGGUCUCGUCCUCCUGGAUGAAGAACAGAAUGGCUUAGUAAUCAACCACCAUGCAGACCACACACUGAACAGCUUUUGCCACUGGCAGUCCACCCUGGGAGGUAGAGAGGGCCGGCACCAUGACCACGCCAUCCUCCUCACGGGACUCGACAUCUGCUCUUGGAAGAAUGAACCCUGUGAUACUCUUGGGUUUGCGCCAAUUAGCGGGAUGUGUAGCAAAUACCGCAGCUGUACCAUUAAUGAGGACACUGGCCUGGGUUUGGCAUUCACCAUCGCCCAUGAAUCAGGACACAAUUUUGGAAUGGUCCAUGAUGGUGAAGGGAAUGUUUGUAAAAAGUCAGAAGGCAACAUCAUGUCUCCCACAUUAGCUGGUCACAACGGUGUCUUCUCCUGGUCUGCUUGCAGCCGUCAGUACCUCAGCCGCUUCCUCAAUUCUGCCCAGGCUUUGUGCCUAUCAGAUGAACCAAGAGCAAUCACAGAGUAUCAAUACCCUGAGAAGCUGCCUGGCGAGCUGUACGAUGCAGACACACAAUGCAAAUGGCAGUUUGGGGAGAAGGCCAAACUCUGCACCCUUGAUUUUAAGAAGGAUAUCUGCAAGGCUCUGUGGUGCCACCGUGUUGGGAGGAAGUGUGAGACCAAAUUCAUGCCAGCUGCUGAGGGCUCUGCUUGCGGCCCCGAUAUGUGGUGUCGUCGGGGCCAGUGUGUGAAACAGGGUGAUGAGGGUCCAAGGCCUCAGCAUGGCCACUGGUCAGAGUGGUCCUCCUGGUCUACAUGCUCUAGAAGCUGUGAGAGCGGCGUUACAUAUCGUGAGAGGCAAUGCAGCAACCCCAGACCGGCAUAUGGAGGGAAGUUCUGCGAGGGUUCCUCCAGGUCAUACAAACUUUGCAAUACUGAAGACUGUCCCAGGAACACCAUUGACUAUAGAGCACAACAGUGUGCUGAGUUCAACGGCAAACAGUUCAGAGGCUGGUACUACACUUGGAGACCAUACACUAGAGUGGAUGAUCAAGAUCUAUGCAAGCUCUACUGCUUUGCUGAAGGUUAUGAUUUCUUUUUUGCCUUGGCCAGCAAAGUUAAGGAUGGGACAUUCUGCUCACCAGACAGCUCUAAUGUCUGCAUUGAUGGACUGUGUGAGAGAGUUGGCUGUGACCGUGUUUUAGGCUCCACAGCUGUGCCCGAUGCUUGUGGGGUGUGUAAAGGAGACAACUCCACCUGCAAGAUUUACAAAGGACAGUACACAAAACAGCAUUUUACUAACCAGUACUAUGCAGUGAUAACCAUCCCAGCUGGAGCUCGGAGUAUCCGUGUGAUUGAACUGAAUUCCUCCACCUCCUACUUGGCUGUCAGGGACACACAUAGACGCUACUACCUUAAUGGCCACUGGACCGUGGACUGGCCUGGCCGACACCCCAUUGCUGGAGCAAUUUUCGAGUACAAAAGACCAUAUAACAGACCAGAGAGUCUCAUAUCAGCCGGUCCCACCAAUGAGACUCUAGUAAUAGAGGUGCUGUUGCAGGGCUGGAAUCCUGGUGUGCAUUGGGAAUAUACUCUAAAGAAAGCUGAUGAGAAACUGAUGAAGAACCGCAUCAAGCACAAUUAUACAUGGGCUAUCAUACGCUCCCAGUGCUCAGCCACUUGUGCUGGAGGCCAAAUGAACACCAAGUCAGCAUGCUACAAAGACUUGAAAGUGCAGGUGAAUGUGUCGUACUGCAAUCCCAGAUCAAGACCAGCUACUGGAUUGAUGCCCUGCAACACCCAACCAUGUCCUCCCAGCUGGUCUGUAGGAGAGUGGGGGGUGUGCAGCCGAAGCUGUGGAGGAGGGGAGCAGACUCGGCAGGUCCAGUGUGUCCAGAGAACCAGCCAGACUGACGUGGACACCCUGGCUGACUCUCGUUGUGCCCAGCCGUCCCCGGUCAGGAAGCAGACCUGCAACACACACAGCUGUCCACCGGUUUGGACAACUGGGUCGUGGUCGCAGUGCUCGCGUAAGUGUGGCAAUGGUUUGAAGAAGAGGACUGUGCUGUGUGUGAGCUCUAACCCGGGUGCCCAGGCACACACGCUGCCCAACAGCAAGUGCGCAGGCCUGCCAAAACCUGCUGGUCAGGAUUCCUGCUUCAUCAGACGCUGCCAGAAACAACGCAAGGUCCAGUGGUUUGUCUCCACAUGGCAAGAGUGUUCAGUAACAUGUGGUCGUGGCUAUCAGGCACGCUUCAUCAAGUGUGCAGAGAAGGACACUGCAGGAAAAUACAGAGAGCUUGCACCCAAGAAGUGCCACCAUGUUCCCAAACCCAUAGUAGAGCUUCAGAAGCCCUGCAUCCUGGCUGAAUGCCCUGUCCGUACAACGCAAUCAGUGCACUACCAAUGGAAGACGCAUCAUCGGAGCUAUCCAGCCCACCCUCCACCUCGGCCAGAAUGGCGCUCGUCUCCUUGGUCUCAGUGCACGGUGACAUGUGGAGGAGGAGUGCAGGCCAGGGCGGUCCAGUGUCUGGCGGAAGAGAAACCUUCCACCGGCUGUGCCGUCCAUCUCAAACCUGCAGUGUCCCAGGCCUGCAAUACCAACUUCUGUCCACAACCUGAGAAGAAAGAACUUGCAUGUCAGGAUUACUUCAGCUGGUGUUACCUGGUGCCCCAACAUGGAGUCUGCAACCACAAGUUCUAUGGCAAGCAGUGCUGCCAGUCAUGUUCAAAUUCAAACCUAUAAUCCUAGGACGUGACUCAGUCCACUGUACAGGCAGAUAGGUAGUUAGUCAAAAGACUGCAAAACAUGGUUGUGGUUUUAAGCAUGUGGCGAGCACUGAAAUACAAAGCCUUUUAUUUGGAAGUGCUCUUCAUUUUCUCUCUGCGAUGCCGGACAUCUGGAUACAAGAACUUGAUGUUGACAGCACUACACAGGAAUGUGAUCGGGAAAAAACAAAUAAAGACAAGAAUUAUGUGGAGGAACUAACAAAAUAGUAAUCGUGAUUAAAGCAAAUAGGAUGGACAUGUCUAAAAGAAACUGAAAAAUCCCAGCUUUGUUUAUAUACUGUAGCUGAAAAGAUCUGUACUCAGGACACUCAGCAUCUCUCAGUCAACCAAAGGCCAACGAUGGCAAACCAACAAAGAAAGACGUCUUCAAGCGCUGCCACGCAACAUGUGAUAUGCCCUGGUCUGCGCUGCAGACCCUGAUGAAUUGACAAUCUGUGGUUUCUUAAUGAAAAGGGACGUUUCAAAAAGACGAUAAAGGUAUAAAUAAAUUUUGCCUUGAGCUUAAUUUUUUUUAAUUAAAAAAAAGAGAACAAAAAUGACAUGCUAAUCAAUGUGUAUUUCUUUAAUAGCUGGGCAGUUGCCAUGGAAGUUGUCAUGUAAAAGUAAAAAAAGAACAGAGCACAAAUCAACUGCAUCAUCAGAUGCAUAUGUUUUCUGUGACGGGAUAAGUCUGCGUGAUGUGGCUUUCCUUCCAAGUGGUGCUACAACUUUGUCACAUUGAAUUCAUGAAAUCAGUGUGAAAUGUUCAAGCUUCAGGAAAUAACAAAUGAAUUGUGUGACCCGUGUACAGUAUUAUUUCUUUUAUUUAUUGGCUUUGCAAUGCAGUGUUUCUGGAAAACUGUAUGAUUAAGCAUUAUAAAUGUGUCCUUGUAUUACUCUACCCUAAGCCCAUUACCUUAAUAUGUGUCAUUAAUUUUCAUUACAUGCUGUCAAACUGCACCUUUUUAUGCAAAACCUUUAUUUUAUUUUAUUUUUAAAAGAAAGCAGCUGUCAAGUGAAAUCACUAACAAGCCAUAUCAGUGUGUUGUGUCCUACAUUAUUAUACAUGACAUUAGCAUGCAUUUAUAUGGCACAAAAAUGCAUUACAUAUCAAUUACAUUUUAAAAGCAGUGAUGGAUGAUAGGUAAUACUAUUACAAUAUGAUUUUUUUUACGGUGGUAAUGAAAUAAGAUAAACAAAAUGUGUAACUACAGGAACAUGAGCCCCGAUUUCAUCAUUUUUAGCUUUAAGUUGGACAGAGUAUCUUUCAGGGGGGGAUAAACUUGAAACUCUAAAAGGACUGGUGGAGAAAAGCAGAAAAACAAAUAUUCAGGAUGGAAACUUGAUCGCUUGACUCAUACAACUUUGGCUACAGUCUUCAACUGGGCAUGGCGCUGUCAUCAUGCCUUUACAGAGGAUUAGGAUUGCACCAUAUCACUGACAUCACUGUCACCAUUGUUCCACUCUGCCAUAGCGGGGGCUAGUACGUCUUUUGCAUUUCUCUGACUUCAAAAUACAGAUUUACAACUUUUACUUGUAACAGCUGUAAUGUAUAUAUGUACAUUUAAACAUCUUAACUCCAGUCUUUGCUUCUAUUUAUUAUUUUCCUUCCAACAUAAGUAAGAUUACAUGGUAGUUCUCUGCUUUACCUACCUACUCAACUUUGAUGGAAUGUCUUUUCAGUACAGUUAGUUCAGUUCAAUGCACUAAGCUACUAAAUUACUUUUUGGACAAAGCAAUUGUAUUGCUUUUGCUUUACUCCACAAAAUGACCUGAAACACAUUUUCGCUUAAUUAUCAGUCAGAAAUAAAAACUUUAGGCUACAGACCCGCACAAUGACUCAAAUUCCUAUCCUAAUUUUUAUCCAUAUCCCGAUGUCAUCUUUGUUUUAGUUUUUAAUUAUGAACACAAAGCCGGCAACACAAAGCAAAGAUGAAACCUGGCCCAAAGUAUGGUGGCCCUGAGAAGUCAAACACACUGUGACUCAAGAAAACAUCAGCAAAUAUAAAAAUGCUGUAAGAGCUUGCAAUACCCAAUGGAAGUUGAAUAAAACAAGUAAGAAAAACAAAACAAAAAAACUCAAAUAAUACAAAACACAACUCAAGUGUUUUUUGGAGAUAAUAACUUGACGGAACAGCUGUGGAAGAGAUAGAAACCACAAAGGUUUGCACUGAGACGCUUAAAAGAAGAGAUGGUUUCAUCUGUGUUGUGAGUGAGGAAAAACAUGCAGGUAAUGUGUGUUUUAGUUGCAUUUUUCAUAUAACAAUGUGGAUACAUGUUUGCUAUAAGCUGUUCAGUUUCGUAUCUGGUCCGUCACAUUAUUGUCUCCCCCCAAAAACACUUCUGCAGUUUUUUUGUGAAGGUUUUGGACUGCAUAUUUUUCUAUUUGCUGGUGUUUUCUAAAUUUACGGUGCAUUUGACCUCCUUUUAAAGAGACUUUAAAGUGAACGCCAGGGUGAUAUGUACGUGUAGAAAUGGAGGUUUCAGUGCUACAAGUCUAAGUGCCUUUUUUUCUGCUGAAAAUCUGCCCCUGGCUGCUGGGCUGGAAGGCUUAGCCUUGACAUGUUUCUGGUUUCUUGCCUAGCUAUGUGUUAGCAUACUGUCUGUGCAGAUGCUUUUGCACAAUAUUAAUAAAAAUCAUUUUCACAAGCACACAAAGUGAAAUCAGCUGAUUGCAGGACUGUGUGUAACUUAUACUGAAAAUGUAACGCCAUUACAGUAACACAUUAAUUUGCACCCAAAACGUUUUUAAUGUUUGGGUUCAUAUUUUCUUUAAAUACAUUUUUUUAAAAUAAUUUUUUAAUAUUACUUUGUUCUACUCAAUUGAUCCGAUCUGACUUAUGUUUGGUCAGACUCUCCCAUAACGAAGUAGAUCUUGAAACAGAGACAAGGGGAGGUUCAGGACAAAGGGGAGGUCCUUCCCCAAGCUAUAUAGGAGAUAUAGCUGGAAAUAUAGCUAUAUAGGAUGGCCUACUCCGGCUUAACUUACAUUGUCAAUAGCACAAAUAUGGCUCCGCUCCAGAGUGUUAUGUGUAUUCAUCCUGUUUCACAUGCACUGUUUGAAAAUAUAGCUAUUACCAUAAUAGCAGUGAGCCUUCAUUUGUAGCUUUACUAUCUAUGUCUGUGUCUUUAAAUAUAGUUGGUGGACUCAAUAUUGUAUUCUGAAGUUUUGCUAACACAAUUUGAAGCAGAUAAGAGCUAGCCUUGUAUUUCAUAUCCCAUAUGUAACUAGUAUGUCUAAUAUGCUGUUAUGUUCCUUCAGUGUGUACAGCUGACAUCAUAUUAUAUCAUUAAAGUUGUAUGGUUGAAACUGUGGCGGUAACCCUAGGAAGUUGAUUGUGUUCAUCUGGACGUUGGGUUUUCGGUGGUUGCUGAUCCAAGUGACGUCUUCAGUCUCAGAGGUAACUGUGUAGAGGUAUCUUUUUUCCUUAGUCAUAAUGCAACUCUUCAUGUAAUUUACCUGUGCUGACCAAUGACUGUAGAAAACAGCUGUGACGUUCAUAACACAAGGAACAACUCACUGAACUAAUACGAACUAAAAUAGUUCAUAUUAUGUUCUGUUAUUUUAGGUACAUAAGUGCCCCAUUAUAAUAGGCCUGAUGGCAUUAUUGUAUGAACCUAGAUCCCAUAUAUCAUUUUUGUUUGUUUGUUUAUUUUAUAUUUCUAGGUAACAAGUAUAAUUUGUAGUUAGGCAAUGGUGUGAAGUUUAAAAACCAGAUUUGAUUUUAUUACUAAACAUGCUGAAGUGAGAGGUCUGACCUGCUCAGCAUGCUUCAUGCUUUUGAACCAAUGUCUAAACCACUUAUGUGACAGACUAACACAUCAGAACCUCUGGCUGUGCAGCUGGUGAAGACCAACUAUAAUUUCUAAAUCAAAAUGUAGUGAUUCCUUGUUCUUCUGAGGUCACUCUUGCAGUUAUGUGCAGGUCUUCCUUGAGCCUUUAUUACAACAUUAUUUUGAUACAAAAUAGAUUUAUUGAGCUGUUCAUUGGUAGCCCAAAAAGUUGAUUCUAUUCAAGUACAGUUUUGUUGUUGUUGUUGUUGUUUUACGUGCUUUGAAUGUGUACUUGUGUCUGUGUAGUCAUA